CGUGCGCACCACGGCAGCGAGGAGCGAGUGUUGGAAGCUCGAUUCAAGCGGAGCUUAGAUUUUAUUUUUUUUGUGGCAGUUUCCCAAAUAAAAUCUAUAUUCGUUCCAACGGUGUGGAAUUGAAUAUGGCCCGUGGGCACCAGAAGAUCCAGUCGCAGCAGAAGAAUGCAAAAAAGCAGGCAGAGAUUAAGAAGAGCAAAGGCCAUGACCAGAAAGCGGCGGCUAAGGCAGCUUUAGUGUACACAUGUACUGUGUGUCGGACACAAAUGCCUGACCCAAAGACGUUUAAACAGCACUUUGAAAGUAAACAUCCGAAGUCUCCAAUGCCUCCGGAGUUGGUUGGUGUGGAAGCGUAAGAGGGUGGCCUCUCUCACAUUGACAGUUGGUGCCAGUUCAGGACAGAAAACUCCCUUCUGCAGUGUUUCCGAUGAAAUACACUGUACAGCUUCAGUUAUUUUUCAUUCUGCUUGAUUUAACUGUGUAUACCUGAUUAAUGCAGGGAUGGCACUUUCCUUGUCAUCCGUCAUUGGAUUUCUAUAGAAUUUAUUCUUCUGAGUUUGGAUUGUAGGCAGUAGUGGUAGACGUGUAGUAACGAGGCAUCCUUUGUAGGCCUUUUCCAAAAAUCUACAAGCUCCAUCUCUGUUUAUUGCAAUAUUUCAGUGAUAAUGUUAAAUUCACAGCUUGUCCCUGAGCUCUGACACUGUUGCAGCAUUUCGGUGUUCCCGUUAUUUCAAGACAAGCUCUAAUUUAAAGAGAAAAUAUGUAAAUUGGCUGAAGAAAGUUUUGAUAAUUAGAAGUAAUUUACAUUAAACCAGCAUGCUGCAAAACCUGCUAUGAAUUUUUAACUUGCACUCCAGAAGGACUUUGUAGUUAAUAAUAUGACAAAGACACACCACUAAUGUGUGCUUUUGAGUCAGUUCAGAUUUCUCUUCUGUCUGCACUGAUUGCCUCUCCCCUGCACCCACUCUGGGUCAUAUAAGAAUGCCUACGUUCAGUUAUUUAUUGACUUGAAGAUAUGUUGAACACGUACUACACAGGUACUCAAAAUGUACAUUUACCCUCUGCUUUGUACAGAAGUAUAUAACUACUUCAGAUCUACUCUUAAACCAUGUCAUCCAACACAGAAUAGCUUCCUAUUCUGCUUCGUCAACCCAAAUUACAACUUUCUUGGGCAGUUUGGUCAACAUUAACAAAACAAUAAUGGCUAACAUGAAGUCAGAGUUGUGACUUUCUUGCGAGAAGGCAUGUAUUACUCUGCCUCUGCAGUAGUCUUACUAAAAAUGGGUGGAAAUGUGGGUGGAUCUAGCCUGAAGUUCUUCAACAACCAGAAUUCUUUAAUUGUACUGUCCACCAACACUGAAACAGUUCCAUUCUGUUUUUGCUGAUAAUUGGGAGCUACUUGGAACACUUCCACCAUAAAUCAAUUUGACGAUAACCCCAAAAUGUGGUUCUUGUUGAGAAGUCGAAAAUAGACAGGUGAAAAAAGGAAAAAAAUUAAUAAUAAAUGAAAGGAGGACACAACAAAUGGGUCAUCCAUAGGGCACGAGGGGUCACUGAUGGGUUUGAGUAUGAAAGUAAUGGCAUUCAUUUGCUCUGACCUUUGUAGUCACCACGUCUUAGACUUUGGACUGAUGGACCAUCAUGAAAAUGCCAAAUGAGUGAAUAGGUUUUGGAGGAACUGUAUUCCAUACCUCCAGUGGAGUCCUGGAGAUUUUUAGAAUACGUGCCGUGGCACACAUAAGCUGUGUGGUGGUGGUGGUCCAACACCUGCCCAAAACGCUUGGUUGGUUUGUCCCACCCCCCUUUGUCACCCAUCUGUAGCACAAUGUAGUAGGAUGGUACUGUGAGUGGGCAUCUUGUUCUACCUCAAACACUGUUCUGCUACUAGUUGGUGGAAAUGUUGGAUUUGAUAGAUGGCAGUCUUUCACCACUUCUGAAAUCUAGAACAAAACCGAUUCUAUUUGAAAUUUAUUGCUGAAAUGCUCAUGCAGAACCAGUUAUGCAUUUUGUGUUGUGUGGAAUAAGAAAAUAAGAACAUGAAGCUGUGUGCCAUGAAAACAUUAGGAAGUUGGUUUGGCUUGCAAAGAGCCUGUGUUCCAUAGAUGCAUUUAGAAAAAAAAAAAAAACUUUUUGGGGAGGUGCAGUGCAGAACCAAAAUAUGUAAAUUGAUUAGAUCCAGACUACCUGCAAAACUUGCCCACAGAUUAUGCUGUCUUCCACCACACCAUAAAGUAAUGUGACAGAUAAAUUACAUAUUUAUUAGUCAUGUACCUGUUUUGAGUGACUUGCGAUGAAAGUGAACUUUUGCACUGGUUGUCGUAAAAUAACAGUGAAUCUACUCAUUUACCCCUCUCCAGGCAACUGCUGUAAUACUGUGAGUACAUGCCAUAGUUGUAUGAAUCACUAUAGUAUUUGGUAAUGAUUUUGUUUGUUGCUGUUGUACGUUCAGCCGUGAAACUCGUUGGUAAUGCUGUUAUCUUGUUGACCUCUGUUAUCUUGUCAAGAUGGUGCAGAAAUGUUAUGAUUCUGAACCUCCACUAAAAGACUGAAAUACGUUGUUAUUCAUUAGUUUAAAAUAUCCUGGCAACAAACUGAUUCAGUUUCUGGAAAGUCACUAUUUUCAAUGUAUUUGGACGGCCCAGUCAAUAUACACUGACAUUGUAUCACUGUGCUAAAGUCUGGACUGACAGCCAGCCCUGUUUUUACUUUUGUAAUAACCAUAUUUGUUCAUGCAAUGUAAUGUAUAACCUUUUAAUAAAGGUAUUACUUUUUUAAAUUAA